AUGUCAGUUGAAGCUCGCAGCCUAGAUGAAUUGGGUUUGGUCCAAGUUUUAGAACAAGCUAGCGAUGCAAGACAUGCUGGAUCACAAGUUCAACGAGCUGCAGAAUUGCAGCUGAAGACUUGGGAAUCUCAAAAAGGUUUCCAUUUUUUGUUGCAAUCGAUCUAUCUCGAUCUAUCGUGUCCUCUGAACAUUCGAUGGCUAGCGAUUAUCCAGUUCAAGAACGGCGUUGAAAAGUAUUGGCGUUCCACUAGGGUGAAUGCAAUUGCCAAAGAUGAAAAGGAAUCGAUCAGAAACCGCGUUUUUGAUCUUAUCGACGAAAAUAAUAAUCAACUUUGCAUACAAAAUGCUCAAGCCACGGCUCGCAUCGCACGCUUGGACUUCCCGGUCGACUGGCCAAAUCUUUUUGAACAGCUUGAACGGUUAUUUGGAAACGAUGUCAUUUGGCAAGACAAUGUCAAGGUUUACAAUCUUCUGCUGAUCACCAAUCAAGUCGUUAAGAUCAUGGCCACUGCAAGAAUAGGAAGGUGUAGGCCUGCAAUGCAAAGCAAAACUCCUUUGAUUUUCCCACUUAUAGUCCGUUCGUAUCUCAAGGCGUUUAACGAAUGGACAACGUCGGGAAAUGUUGAUGAAGACAGCCUUGCACAGGUCCAGGUUUCUUACCUUGCGUUGAAAGUGCUAAGACGUUUGAUCGCUGAAGGCUACGAGUCGCCUCAUAGAAAUGAACCCGUCCGUGAAUUUUUGCAAAUAUCAAUUGCACACUUCGAACUUCUUAUAUCCCAUUACGACAACUACAGGAAAUUCGAUCUUUUCGAAAAGUACGUGCGAUGCUACGGCAAGCUUUACUACAAUAUUAUGUGCGCAUCUCCCUCGAACUUCAUCCUCUUGCCCUGCUCUUUACAGAUUUUAAUGACUUUCACUAAACUACUGAUGGAUAGGGCAUCUGAUGUGUAUAAUGAGAAUGCAGAUCUGAAUGGCGACUUUUGGGAGCAAAUAGCGAUCCGCGGAUUUCUACUUUUGAAGAAGCUCAUCAACUUCAUCCAUAAAAAGGGUGCUGUAACUAUCAGGGCGAAAAAUGACAAGGCUGAAGUUGAUGCAGCUAUUAGACGAAUCUCGACGGAUUUUUUGAACGAGCAGCUGGUUCAACGCUGGGUGGAUCUUUUGAUGGGAUGGUAUAUCAAAUUAAGGCUUUCCGAACUCGAGAGCUGGUCUAUCGAUCCCGAGGAAUGGAUGAACGAGCAGCUGGCGACGAGUUACGAGCAUCAAAUAAGACCUUGUGCCGAAAACUUUUUUCAAGAUCUGAUAGGCACGUUCUCUGAGGUACUAGUUCCUUAUUUGCUCAAUAAGAUACAGACCGACGUGGCAAGUUUGGGCUAUGGAAUGAAAGAUCUUUUGAGUAAGGAUAGCAUUUUUGCAAGCUUUCAACUAAGCGCCACCUCCAUAAGCGACUCCGUUGACUUCGAUCGCCUCUUGGUAGACGUUUUCAUUCCAGAGGCAACAAACACUAAAGUAUCCCAAGAUUCUUCCAAAAUUCUGAAGAGAAGAGUUGCUCUAGUUAUCAAUGAGUGGUGCACUGUUAAAUGUUCGGAAGAAAGUAAGCAAUUGUGCUACAAACUGUUACUUCAACUAAUAAAUGAAGAAAAUGACAGAGUCAUCCAGUUGACUGCUGUUCAGACUUUAAGGACAAUGGUGGACGACUGGAAUUUUGACAAGAGAUCUUUCCAGCCCUACUUGGAAGAUACUGUUUCUCUUCUAUUGAAACGGCUCUUGCCUUCCGUGUCUUUGACUGAGACUCGUUUGUAUGUUUUGAAUACACUAAGUGAUGUCAUCAUUCAGACAAAGCCUCUGAUCAGUACGGCUCAGUUGGUAGAGAUACUACAGGUCGUCCCAGCUCUAUGGGAUAUUUCGAUAAAGGAGCCCAGUGAAUCUAUUUUGACUAAUGCUCUUUUAAGACUUCUACGCCAUUGCGUAGAUUCUUUAGGUCAAAACUCUCCUGCUACUUGGGAAACAGCGCUGCCCAUUACGCAAGCUGCUUGUGACCCCAGCUCUCCACACUACUCGCUGCUAUACGAGGAUGGAUUCGAACUGUGGCAAAGCCUUCUACAAAACUGCCCAUCAGAAGUAGAAGCAGAGAGAGUGUUUUCGCCAUUAAUACCACUCUUACACGGUGCUAUACAAAAUCAAACCGAGAUAUUGCCUACUCUUUUAGAGAUUGUCAGGAGCUAUUCUCUGCUUUUCGAUCCUGAACAUUUCCGACAAUUCGAAUUCCUGUCUUUUGCUAUUUCAUACCUUUCCAAGUAUUUGUUGAAACUCCGGGAUGAUUCAUUCGAUCUGCUCUUGUCAAUUCUUGAUAUUGUUGUACUUGCUACAAAACAAGAAAACACCAACUCCUUACUGGACUAUCUAUUAGGUACUCGUGUGUUUGACGCAAUCUUCGACGCUUUAUUCAAGGAGGAGCAGAUAUCGAGUUUUCAGGCUGGGCAGCUGCUUCAAGUUAUUGCCAGGGUCGCUUUUGUCAACCCACAGUCCAUCCUACAAAUUCUUGAAGCAUAUUACUACCAGCUUCCUAACUCCUCGGAGAAUUCGUACCUCUCUUUGGACCAAAGAAGGGUUAUCAACAGGGAUAUGUCAUUUGAAGACGUCGUGAGCAAGUUCAUGAAUAUAUGGAUUCUUUGUUUCAAAGACUUCUAUGAUCCUAAGGUAAAAAAGAUUCACACACUCGGCGUUUCAUCCAUGUUGCGCUCCUCAGCGCUGCCAAUAUUGGCGGACUUUCCAAGUAUUGCAUCUAUCUGGGUUGAGUUUUUGGAGGAAAUCAAUGAAACUGCUGGAGGAGACUGUGAAAAGUUUCAUUUAAAAGAAAGUGUCUCAGCUACUGAAGACAGCGAAGGAGAAUAUCCUCCUACGUGCGAACAACUGCGCGUUGCUCAGCUCACAAGAGAAAGAGACCCUGCUCACAAUGUGAGUCUUAAAGAGAACAUCACUCAGAUCGUGCAGUUUUUAGAGGCAAAGCUCGGACCCCAAUUCCAGGAGCUUCUUGCGUCUGUGGAUGCCGCUACUCUUGAAAAUCUAAACUUAUUUCUAUCUUUGCCUUCGCAAAAAUAA